AUGGAGGGUCUUGGUGAAUCGUCUUCGGCCGAUAAUGAAAUGACUAUCAAGACGAUACGCCUCGAGAAAGAAUAUGAAAAGACGCUUGCGGACUCGGCACGUCUUCUAGAUGCCGAACGUGACCGCGUCAGGCGGAUGGAAUACCUGCUGCUUCAAAUUGAUCGCGAUGCUCUCCAGGCGGCGCUGGACCAGGCGCAUGACCAGAUCCAGGUACUGACCUGGGCCGAGUCAGAGACGCGCCAGCACUUGGAAGAUGCAAUCAUCGUAAUGGAUAGCUUGAGCCAAGAAGUCAACAUUGGAAAAAGCGAAAAUCAAAAAUUGAGGGAAGAACUUUCGGCAUCGAAUGCCAGCUCGACCAGCAAUCACGGGCUACUCGCCGAAAAAGUGCAACUCUCGAGAGAGUUGGCCAGCGUCAAAUCCAGGCUCGAGCGACAGGAGGCUCAGGCCACCGCACAUCAAGCGGUGGUGGCCGAGAAACAGGCGAUGGAGCGACAGCUCAAUGCACUAGAGCUCCAACUUGAGAAUGAACAGCACUCGCAUGAACGCACACGGGCAAAGAGCGCCGAACAGGCAUCCCAGAUGACCAAGUUACUGUCUAUGGUGGAUCAGCUUCAGAAUGAGCUCUCUCGGGAACAACGAGCACAUCAACAGCGCGAACGAGAAGACCAACAGCAGAAUACGGGCUGGGAAAAAGAGCGCUCGGUACUGGAGAACAAAAUCGAGACGCUCAAAAAGCAACUUCGAUCGGCUAAAGACAAGCUCCAAGAGGCUCGAAAUGACUUGCAGCAGCGACGCAGCAUCGUCCGCACCAGUGGGCCCGAACUUGCUGAACCAGGGCCACAGAAAGUUCCUCUUCAGCGCCCAGGACCGAGUGCAGAAACCCCCGAUGCCGGUAUGGUCAUCGCCACACCAGGAGCUGUGCGGGUGAAGGAGAAGUCAAAGAAACCAUCAGCACUACCGGGCGACAAAUCAUCCUUCUCCAUCACUCCGUUCCUCAACCGCACUGGGCCCGCGCCGAGUGACGCCCCUCUCAGCUCGGAUAUUGACGAAGAGGAAGUUCAACAAGCACUCAACGAGGCCGCGGAGCCCAAGCGCAAGCCAACCGUGGCGCGUAAAUCAAAGGACAUGGAAUCUAUAGCAGAUGCACAGCCUGAGGCAAUCCAGCCGGCUUCGAAGGCGAAGGCCACGGUAGCGAAGGCCAAAGGCCGUGUGGGGAAGACUGCUGGAUCAAAAGUUGACCGAGAUCCGAAUCCAGAGCCUGUUGGUCCCGCAAGCAAGAGCUUAGCUGAAAAUUUAGAAGACUCACUGAAUGAGGGCUCCGUCGAGCAGCGCCAGGCAAAAGCCAAAAGGAGAAAGCUUGCGCAGCGAGACCGCAGUCUCUUCGAGGAUGAGGAAGAGGACGAAGACAUGCUGGGUCUGAGUAAACCGAGGAAGCCUCUUUUAGGCGGUGGCCGGCAAUCCAUCCUUGCAGCGCCUCUUACAGGCGGAUUGUCUCGCGGUGGAGGGUUUGGUGCCUCGAGAGCCUUUUCUCCUCUGAAAAGAGACCGUCAUCGAUAA